GUUAUGCCCCUAAUGACAUGCCCGUGAAGGCGAAGCGCAGCACCUACAACUACAGCCUGCCCAUCACUGUCAAGAAGCAAGUAAGUCAUACGGUCAGUGUCCAUGAUCUGAAACAGGGGCUUGGUACAUCUGGUACAUCUGGUGCAAAGAAGCCUGCCUCCAGCAGGUAUAAACUGAAGGAAUCUGUCUACAUUUUCCGAGAAGGAGCGUUACCCCCCUAUCGGCAGAUGUUCUACCAGCUCUGUGACUUGAAUGUGGAAAGCCUGCAGAAGAUCAUCGGCCGGAAUGACGGCACGGAGUCGGAGUGCACGGAGCGGGACGGGUGGUGCCUCCCAAAGACCAGCGAUGAGCUGCGAGACACCAUGUCUCUGAUGAUAAAGCAGAUAAUCAGAUCCACGAGACCUGCUCUUUUCUCAAAUACAACAAGCAGUGAAGAUGGCAAAGAGCAGCUGGCAUAUGAGUCUGGAGAGGAUGAGGAUGAUGAAGAGGAGGAGGAAGAGGACUUCAAGCCUUCUGAUGGGAGUGAAAAUGAAAUGGAGACAGAAAUUCUGGACUAUGUGUGA